AUGGAGCCAUUGGCCGAAAUCAAUGCCAAUGAAGAUGGUAACAUUAAAAACGAAACAUCAGAGAAUGCUGAAAAUCCCGAGAAUACAACAGCAAAUGGCAUUAGCACCGAUGGGGCAGGUGCUGUAGUGACACCAAGCCAAGAAAAUGCGGAAACCACGACAGAGAAAAAUGAUAAAGAAUGGGUACAAUCGCAACCACCGCAAAAAACACCCAUAAUGACAGCUCCGCCUGGCUUUAGAAUUGGUGCGGCGGCACCUGGUGCCGGCAGGGGAGUUGGUGUAAAUAUGCAUAUUAAUCGAGCAGCUGUUAGAGGUGGUGCGGGUGCUGCUGCGGGCAACUUUGGUAAUCCGAAUUGGACAAACAACAAUGCACCCGGAGGACUUCCAGGCGCUGGAGGUGGUGGUGUUGGCGGAGGACCACCACCAUCACAAUUGGAAUUAUGGGUUGAGACCAAAACUGAAGACGGCAAAUCAUACUACUAUCAUGCCUUGACAAGAGAAACUACUUGGACCAAACCGGAGGGACCAAAUAUCAAAGUAAUGACUCAGGCUGAAAUUGAAGAAAUGAAUAAAAAACAACAAAUGAUGCAGCAUCAACAACAACAACAGCAGCAACAUCAACCAAACCAAAAUCAAGCAAACGGCCAUAUACCACCACAUCAUGCAAUGUCACAACCUCCACCUAAUGUGGCUGCAGCUGGUGGCAUGCCUGGUCAUCCACAGGUAUCACAACCUCCACCUGGUAUGCAUCAGCAACCACCGCCAUUCUUUCCGCCUGGUGUUCAUCCUCCCAAUUUCGGUCAACACCCACCCUUUGGAAUGCCUCCACCAGGCUAUGCAGGCGGCUUUCCCGGAGCACCUGGUGGUCCUGGCGCUCCUUGGGGUAUGCCCUGGAAUCAUAUGCAUCAAGUUCCGCCACAAGAUAAGCCAGCCAAAAAUCUCAUCAUUAAACCAGGUGUAAUCGAUCCAGCCGUCAUAGCACGUGCAGCCGAAUGGUCUGAGCAUAGGGCUCCCGAUGGCAGACCCUACUAUUAUCAUGCGGGACGGGGUGAAAGUGUGUGGGAAAAACCUCAGGCAUUACGUGACAUGGAAGCGGCCCGUAUGGCUGCCCAUGGUGCACCACAAGUUGCCGCACCACCACCAGUUCACAAUCCUGCCCUGAUACCGGGUAUACCUCCACAUUUGAUACCCCUAAUGCAUAUGCAACCUGCAAAUCAUGCAGCAGCAUAUGUGGACCACUCGGCCGUGAAGGCGGCAGAAAAUGCGAAAGUUUCUCAAACAGCUGCCCUUGAAAAGGAAGCCAAAAAAUACGCAGAAGAAAAACGCAAAAAAGCUGAAGAAGAACAAAAGAAGGCAAAUGCCAGUGCCAAGCCGGUAGAUAAAAGUAGACCCAUAUCUAGUACACCCAUACCGGGAACACCAUGGUGUGUGGUGUGGACGGGAGAUGCUCGGGUAUUUUUCUAUAAUCCGUCAACACGUACCUCUGUAUGGGAACGUCCUGAAGAGUUGCUGGAACGAGAAGAGGUCGAUAAAGCAAUUAACAAUCCCCCAGAACAGUUGAAGAGUUUGGUCAAUGCCAACAAAACAAAUGCCAAGGACGAGAAUGAAGAUGAGAAGCCGGCAACAAAUCAUUCAUCUGGUGGCAAUACUUCGGCCGCAAGCAACAAUGCAUCAACAAUCCAUACAAUUGAUGAUAAUCAACAAGACGAUGAGGAUGAUGGUAUUAUUAAAAUUAAAACUGAAUCUGAUUCGGAUGUUGAAGAAGUUCCCACCAAGAAGUUGCGUUUAAAUAAAACGAAAAAGGCCGAUGCCAGUGAAGCUGCCGCUGAGGCCGAGGUUAGAGCAGCCAAGGAGCGGGCUUUGGUACCAUUGGAAACCAGAGUUAAACAAUUCAAGGAAAUGUUGCGUGAAAAGGAUGUAUCUGCCUUUAGUACAUGGGAAAAAGAAUUGCAUAAAAUCGUCUUUGAUCCACGGUAUUUGCUGUUGACAUCCAAAGAACGUAAACAGGUGUUUGAGAAAUAUGUCAAAGAUCGUGCCGAAGAGGAACGCAAAGAAAAACGUAAUAAAAUGCGUCAAAAGCGCGAAGAAUUUCGCAAUCUCUUGGAAGAAUGUAAACUGCAUGGAAAAUCUUCAUUUAGUGAUUUUUGUCAACGCUAUGGCAAAGAUGAACGCUACAAGGCCAUUGAAAAGCCACGUGAACGUGAAAGUCUCUUCAAUGAAUACCUUCUGGAUGUAAGACGCCGCGAGAAAGAGGAGAAACAAAUGAAAAAAGAGCAGAUACGCAAAGAUUUCAUUGAAAUGUUGCGUGAACGUGGCGAUUCCAUUGAUCGUCACUGCCGCUGGCAUGACAUUAAAAAGAAAUUCGAAAUGGAUUCGCGUUAUCGUGCCGUGGAGAGCUCCAUGUAUCGGGAGGAGUAUUUCCAUGAUUUCCUGCGCCUGAUGAAGGAGGAAAAACGCCGACGUGAACGGGAACGUGAAAAAGAGCGGGAACAACGUGAACGGGACAGAGAACGUGAGCGUAAAUCGGGUAAGAGUGAUCGCAAGGAUAAGGAUAGACGUGAUAGGAGUCGCAGUCGCACCAAAGAUCAUGGCGAUCGUGAUGAAAAGGAACGUGGUAGCCGCAGUAGCCGAGAUAAGGAAAAGGAACGUAAAGACAAGUCAUCCGAUAAGGAUAAGGAUAGGGAUGAAAAGAAGAAGAAUAAGGAUUAUGAGGAAGGUGAACAUCAAUCCGAGGAAGAGGAGCGUUCAGUCACCACGGACCACGACGAAGAGGAGGAAGCUGAACGCAUACAAAAAGAACGUGAUCGUCAGUUGAGAGCUGAACAAAGUAUACGGGAACGUGAAAAGGAAGUUCAACGCACAUUGGCCGGUCACUUGCGUGAUCGUGAUAAGGAACGUGAAUUACACAAACGUGAAGAGGCCGUUGGCCAUUUUAAUGCCUUGCUAACGGAUUUGGUACGUAAUCCAGAUUUCACCUGGAAAGAAGUUAAACGACAAUUGCGUAAAGAUCAUCGUUGGGAAUUGGUUGAAUUUUUGGAUCGUGAUGAUCGUGAAAGAAUUUUCAAUGAACACAUUGAUGGCCUAAUGAAAAAGAAACGUGAAAAAUUCCGUGAAAUGUUGGAUGAAAUUACAACACUAGAAUUGACGAGCAGUUGGAAAGAUAUCAAAAAACUUAUCAAAGACGACCCGCGCUAUUUAAAAUAUAAUAACUCGGAAAAAUGCGAACGAGAAUUCCGUGAUUAUUUGGUGGAUAAACAAAUGGCUGCCAAAGUGGCGCUCAAGGAACUGCUCAAGGAAUGUAAAUUGAUAACACACAAAAGUCACGAAUUGGUACAGGAAAAUCCCAAUCAUCUCAAAGAGAUACUUGAUAUUCUGAAAAUGGAUAAGAGAUAUCUGGUAUUGGAACACAUUGCCGAGGAACGUACCGCCAUUGUGGUAAACUAUUUAGAAGAAUUACAUAAACGUGGUCCACCACCACCGCCCACAGCUUCAGAUGCCUCACGACGUGUUAAGUAAAAAUUUU